UUGGGACUUGUUUUUUUUUUUUUUUUUUUUUUUUUUUUUAAAGCCCUGCUGAAUUCACUAGUAAAUUUUGAAUGUGGAGAACAGGAAGUGAGUCCACUGAGGGAGGCAGAAGGUGGCCUUAUCGAAAGUAAAAGAAAACUUCUUCCUGGAGGUGUUUCCAUCCACACUCUCCUCAUCCCCACCCUCUUUCAAGGGAUUUUUCUCUGGCUGGGUGGACAGGCCUUAGGAGUCUGUGACGUUAGACCGCUCAGGGGUCUUGGCAUCGGGUGCUCUGUGGAUGUCGCUGGGACAGGGGGACCAGCAUCAAAUGGGGUUUGUACUACCUCGUGAGGUGGUACUGCGGAUUUAAUGAGAUAAUACAUGUUAACUGCUUGCGGCUGUGCCUGGCGCUACGAAGUUCUCAGAGAUAACAGGCCUGUGAAGAAGCUGCUGCCUCUGUACCGUGAGGGUCCCAGGACUGGCUUCUUUGGCUACCACAACCCUCUCCUGACACUUGGGCAACAUGAAUUUUAGUAAAUGCCUCUAUAAUAUUGGAGAACAGCUGGACAGUGACGAGCUGGCCUCCCUCAAAUUCCUGAGCAUGGACUACAUCCCCCAGAAGAAGCAGGAGCCCAUCAAGGAUCCCCUGAUGUUAUUCCAGAGACUCCAGGAAAAGAGACUGUUGGAGGAAAACAACCUGUCCUUCUUAAAGGAGUUGCUUUUUCGGAUCAACAGACUGGACCUGCUAGUCACCUACCUGGACACCAGCAAGCAGGAGAUGGAGCAAGAGCUUCGGAUCCCGGGCAGAGCCCAGAUCUCUGCUUACAGGGUCAUGCUUUUUCAGAUUUCAGAAGAUGUAAGCAAAUUGGAAUUGAAGUCCUUUAAGUUUCUUUUGAGCCAGGAGAUCUCUAGAUGUAAACUGCACGAUGAUUUGAACUUGUUUGAUAUUUUCAUAGAGAUGGAGAAGAGGGUCAUCCUCGGGGAAAGAAAUUUGGACACCCUGAAAAGAAUCUGUGACCAAAUAAACAGGAGCCUGCUGAAGAAAAUCACGGAUUAUGAAGAAUUAAGCCAAGAGCAAACAAUGAUCCCUCAAAGAAGUCUAGAUGAAAUUUCAAAUGAUAUGUCUCAGUUGCUUGUAGGGGAGAAAUCCCUGAGGGUACCGCCAAUGUCGGACUCUCCAAGAGAACAGAACUGUGAAUCAGAGACAUCGGAAAAAGUUUACCAAAUGGAAAGCAAACCUCGAGGAUAUUGUUUGAUCUUUAACAAUUAUGACUUUAGCAUAGCACGGAAGCAAGUGCCCAAACUUCACAGCAUUAAGGAUAGGAAUGGAACAGACUUGGAUGCAGAUGCUUUGUGUCAGACCUUUAGUGAGCUUCAUUUUGAGAUUGUGCCUUUCAGAGACUCUACAGCUAAGAAAAUCUGUGACAUUCUCAAAUCCUACCAAAGCAUGGACCACACUACCAGGGACUGCUUCAUCUGCUGCAUCCUCUCCCAUGGAGACAAGGGCAUCAUCUAUGGCUGUGAUGGACAGGAAGUCCCCAUCUAUGAGUUGACCUCUUACUUCACUGGUUCUAAGUGCCCUUCCCUUGCAGGCAAGCCCAAAAUCUUUUUUAUUCAGGCUUGUCAAGGGGAUAACUACCAGAAAGGGAUAGCUGUUGAGACCGACUCCGAACAGAAUGAAGCCUGUUAUGAAUCGGACUCCUGUCAGAAGAGCUAUAUCCCAGACGAUGCUGACUUUCUGCUGGGGAUGGCCACUGUGAAUAAUUGUGUUUCCUACCGAAACCCCAUGGAGGGAACAUGGUAUAUCCAGACGCUUUGCCAGAGCCUGAGAGAAAGAUGUCCUAGGUAUUUUUUGCCUACUCUGUCCUUCAUUUUUUCUAAAUUUCUAGUUAUGACACAGCUGUACUUCCCAGCUCAGUUGCAAAGUGGGAGAGGGGGGCAAAUGUUAACAUCUUUAUAUUCAUAGCUGGAAAAAUCAGAGACACUUUCUGCACAGUUUCUUUUAUUUAGUGCCCGAAAGGACAGUUGGGGUGUCCUAAAGUAGGGAAUGAUGGUAAAGUCAGUCCAGCUCUGUUUUUAGGCAGAAACACGACUGAGCCAACUCAACUAGUUUCGGAAGUCUUCCAACGAGGUAAUAACCCAUUUCAGUGUUUAACAUCCUCCAGCUCUUAAAGUUCUAUCAUAGCUAAUCAGUCCUCUUGAUGUGUUGUGGGAGAUGAGUACCAAAGAGUAGAAACCCUUUAUUUUCCCACUAAUUUGGCCUGAUGUGAAGCCACAAAAUGUGAGGAAAAUAUCCUUCCCUCACUUAUUAUACCCUAUGCUGCUUCCUUUAGUUAAAUGAUGGUUUUGUAGUCAUAGUUCACCCAGAGGCACACAUGACCGACGGGUGAAUAGCAAGACCUCUUCUAGCUCUGUAGCUUUUCGUGCUGUAAGGGUAUGAAGAAUGAGAACUUCCCAUGGCCGAUCAGGAACUGAACCAUAACAUCAAUACCAUCUUUUCCGUUUGUAAGUUAGACCUUGAAUCCUACAGAGGUAGAGGAACAGGUUGCCCAGCUCACCUGCUAGGGAGGCUGGCGAGGAAGGGGGGAGCAGCUGCAGGGGACACUGGGUUUCCCUUGCCAGAUGUGAUCAACGGUCACACAAGUUGUAUGAGAUAUAACAUCAGGUAAGGACUUAUUUAUUUUUUUUUAAAAGAUUUUAUUUAUUUAUUUGACAGAGAGAGAUCAUAAGUA